GCGAGUACAGCAGUUCGAGAGGGAGCCGCUGUGAAAGUCGGAGUUCGCUUGUCAAGCUUUAAUUUUAAAUCUUGAACAAAGGAGCAGCUGAGCGCGGAAGUUUUUCUGAAGGAUCGUAGCCUCUUAAGAACAUUCCGAAACAACUUAGUGUGGCCUAUUCUUCCGUGCUGCCGCAGGUCCAAAGAAGGCGAGGCCUAAUGACUCACUUCGGGUUCGAGAGCGAGGUGCAAAACCUGCUGAAGCUCGACAUGCCCGUGUCGAGCGCGCUCACGGCGCGUUACCACCGCAAAGGCAGCUCGUCCAGCGCGGCCACCUUAGGCGUGCUGUCGCCCGGAAAGACGGGGAACAGAUCGCUGAGCCUGUCCAAGACUCCCAGCAAGACGCCUGGGAAGAAUGGCAAAGGCCGCUGCACGCCCUCCAAGCCGGGCGGCGACCGCUUCAUCCCUUGUAGAAACGGCAAACAGAUGGAGGUUGCCAGCUUCCUGCUCUCCAAGGAGAACGAUCCUGUGGACCCCAACAUUUCGUCAGAACAGAAGGCCUGGGCCAUGAAUCUCAAUGGUUUUGACAUUGAUGAAGCAAAAAUCUUGCAUUUGGGAGGCAAGCCCCAGAAUGUUUCAGAAGGGUAUCACAACAGCCUGAAAGUUUUGUACAGCCAUGUUCCCACCCCAGCAUCUACAAAGAAGACCAGAUACAUUUCAUCGGUGCCUGACAGAAUCCUUGAUGCUCCAGAUCUCCGAAACGAUUUCUAUCUGAACUUGCUGGACUGGAGCAGUCAGAACCUCCUGGCUGUAGCACUGCACAACAAUGUAUACCUGUGGAAUGCCACCCAUGGAGACAUCAUUUUCCUUAUGAAGCUGGAACAGGAGGAAGACUACAUUUGUUCCAUCAGCUGGAGUAAAGAUGGAAACUUCAUUGCCAUAGGAACAAGUGACAACAAAGUCCAAUUGUGGGAUGUAGAGAACCAGAAGCGGCUGCGUUGUAUGGCCAGCCACACGUCCCGCGUUGGUGCCCUCAGCUGGAAUAAUCAUGUUCUGUCCAGUGGCUCCAGGUCUGGACACAUCCAUCAUCAUGAUGUCAGAGUAGCAGACCACCACAUCUUCACACUGACCGGGCACUCGCAGGAAGUCUGUGGACUCAAGUGGUCUCCAGAUGGCAAGUACUUGGCAAGCGGUGGAAAUGACAACUUGGCCUACGUGUGGCCAGGAGUGCAAGAAGGUGGCAACCAAGCUGCCAUCAACUGCUUCAAUCACCAAGGAGCUGUCAAGGCAUUGGCCUGGUGCCCAUGGCAAGCAAAUAUUCUUGCAACUGGAGGAGGCACAAGUGACCGACACAUUCGCAUCUGGAAUGCUAGCACAGGGUCUUGUAUUUCUUCCCUGGACACGGAAUCUCAAAUUUCUUCACUAGUGUUUGCACCAAACUACAAGGAGCUUGUUUCUGGCCAUGGUUACACGCAUGAUAGUCUCAUUAUUUGGAAGUACCCCUCCAUGACUAAAGUGGCAGAGCUCUCAGGGCAUGGAGGCAGAGUUCUGAACCUGACAAUGAGUCCUGACUGCUCCACAAUAGCUUCGGUAGCUGCUGACGAGACAGUCCGACUGUGGAAGUGUUUUGAAUUGGAUCCUGUGAAAAAGAAGGCAAAGGAACGCAUGGCUAAAUCUACCAGCAUUAUUCAUCAGGGAAUUCGAUAACUGUUCAAGUGAUUUGUGAACUUCUAUGUUUUGUAACUGAUUUUAAUUUAAUUAAAGCUGUUUAAAAUUGACAUGGUCAUUUCUGAACUGUUAGUUUUGGCUUGGAUGCUGCUGUAGUAUGAAUUUACAUAUUUUUAUCCUCUAAGGCAAGGGAUGGCUUGCUGAAGCCAGCACUGCCUGGAGGUUCCUUGUUUUUGUACAAGGAAGGCCAUAGUUACCUUUUUGCCAUUUGAUCAUUGGGCAAAGGGAAUUCAGAGUGUCUUAUAU